AUGGGGUUUGGGAAUCCAACAUGUCAACUACAUGCCAAACUCCCCUUCCUACUCCCAUCUCUCCUUCCCUUUUUCCUCCUCCUCCUCCUCAACCAUUUCCAUGUCACUGCCGUCACCAACAUCCACCUUGCCAUAAUCCUAAAACCCCUCACCUUUCAAGAAGCACCUUCCUUUCGCAACGGCGAUGCGUGUAACCGUGAGAGAAUCCACAUUGCUAUGACACUUGACUCGAAUUAUCUACGAGGCACAAUGGGAGCUAUUCUCUCCAUUUUGCAACACUCGACGUGUCCUGAAAACGUCGAGUUUCAUUUUCUAUGGGCGAGGUUCGAACCUGAAAUAUUUUACACUAUUAAAUCCACCUUUCCUUAUCUCAAGUUCAAGAUUUACCGGUUUGAGUCGAGUAGGGUACGUGGAAAAAUCUCAAAAUCUAUUCGUCAGGCGUUAGAUCAGCCUCUAAAUUACGCAAGGAUAUAUCUUUCUGAUAUUAUACCAGGUAAUGUAAAGCGGGUUUUGUACCUUGACUCUGAUCUUGUUGUUGUUGACGACAUUGCAAAGCUUUGGGAAGUUGACUUGGGUGGCAAGGUAGUGGCUGCACCUGAGUAUUGUCAUGCGAAUUUCACAAGAUAUUUCACCGACAUGUUUUGGGCGGACCCAGAACUCCCACGUGCGUUUCUCGGUCGGAAGCCUUGUUAUUUCAACACGGGUGUUAUGGUCGUGGAUGUUGAAAAAUGGAGAGAAGGAAGGUAUACACAAAAGGUGGAAGAGUGGAUGAGGGUGCAGAAGAAAAAGAGGAUUUAUCAUUUGGGUUCGUUGCCUCCUUUUCUUCUGGUUUUGGCCGGGGAGAUAAAAGGAGUGGAUCAUAGAUGGAAUCAACAUGGUUUAGGAGGAGAUAAUAUUGAAGGUAAAUGUAGGAGUCUUCACCCUGGACCUGUUAGUUUGCUUCAUUGGAGUGGCAAAGGCAAACCUUGGUUGAGGCUGGAUUCACGGAACCCUUGUACCGUCGAUCAUCUCUGGGCACCUUAUGAUCUCUAUCGCCCAACCUCACAUUUUUAUGAAGGAUGA